AUGGAAUACCCAAUGGCAGAUGCUGAAGUCUUUGUGGACCAGGUGUCACCCUCAGCAAAGGAAGAGCCAGGGAAGAAAAGAAGGAGAUCAGGCAGCCACCUGAAGUUCCGCGCCUUUCCCUCUGCAGAGCAAAGUGCCCUGAAGGAAUAUGAAAAGUUGGAAUCAAGGACCAGGAGAGUCCUGAGUACUACAUACCAAAAAAUCAUCCAGUCUGUCUUCUUUGAGGAUGGCAUCCCCAGUGGGGUCAAGUAUCUCAUAAACCGGCUCCUUGCCCUGAUAGAAAAGCCAUCCCUGGAGCCAGUCUACAUAGGGCUGUUUGGAAGCACGGGGGCUGGGAAGAGCUCCCUGCUCAAUGCCAUCAUCAAUGAGAAAAUGUUUCUGCCGGUGUCGGGCGAGAGCACCUGCACCUCGUGCCUGGUGCAAGUGAGUUCCGGUGUCAGCGACAAAUAUGAGGCCAAAAUCCACCUCCUCUCUGACCAGGAGUGGAAGGAGGAGCUGAGGAACCUGACUGAACUCCUGGACAAGAGAGAGGAGGGCCAAGAGAGCGAAGAGAAUGACUGGGGCGAUGACAGCGACAUCGCGGAGGAAGCUGUUCAGAAGCUGCAGAUGCUUUAUGGCCGCGGAGCGGAAAACAAAAGCUACGAGGAGUUACUGAGGACGAAGCUGAGGGAAAAGAUCCCCACCUCCAAGAUCAUCACCCUCAAGGGUGAAGAGGCAAGUGAGCUCUCUGCUCAGCUGGACUCAUACAUCCGCAUUCAGACGGGAGAUGCUGAUGGACAACUGUCCAAACCCCAAAUCCAGCCCCUCAUCAAGUAUGUGGAGGUGACACUCCCCUACUCAGAGGUGAUUCCUGAAGGGGUUGUGCUGGUGGACAUCCCGGGGACAGGAGACUUCAACAGCGAGAGAGACGACAUAUGGAAAAAGACCAUUAAUAAAUGCUCCGUGAUCUGGGUGAUCAGCGACAUUGAACGAGUCUCAGGGGGAAAAGCCCAUGAAGUCCUCCUGAGAGAAAGCCUUAAAGCCUGCCAGCGGGGCGUCUGCACAGAUAUCUCCCUGGUGGUCACGAAGGCUGACAAACUCUACCUGCCGGAAUACCUAAGGGAAAGAAAGAACGGAAAGCAAGCUAUUGGAACUCAGCGAGAGGCGAUUUUAGAGAGAAACGGGGCGGUGAAGCUGCAAAGGAGUAGGAUUCUGAAGGAAAAGCUGAAGAGGAAAUUGCCUAGCAGCUCGAUGAUUCUGGAUGCUCCAGAGUUGGUAUACACGGUCAGCGCUCAAGAGUAUUGGCAGCAAGAACUACUCAGUGAGGAAGAGACAGAAAUCCCCAAGUUACGGGAGUACAUAAGGAAGCGGUUCCUGAGAGAGAAGAGGAAGACGGUGACUGAGUAUGUUGCUGAAGCCUUCGGCAUUCUGCUGCUCAUGGACAAUUUCAACUCCAAGGAAAACUUCAUGGAAGACUACUUCCACCCAAGUGGCCUGAAGAGGUUUGUGGAAGAGCGAGUAACAGUGCUGGAGGAAGAUGUGGACCAAUGCUUUGCCCAAAUGGAGCAGCCCCUUCAGGAGGGGGUGACAAGUGCAAAGUCGUCCUACCGGAAAAUCCUCAGCGGGCGUCUCACGAGGAGUAAAGGAAACCAAGGUUUUCACCAGACUCUAAAAGCUGUCUGCUUGAAAAACGGCAUCUUCGCCUCCAGGACCCUGGCAAGGAUAGAUCUGAAUGAGGACAUCACUCAGCCUAUUUAUGACAAAAUUGACCCCAUUUUUGGAAGUAUCUUCAGGACUGGAAAAGAUAACCAUGCUGGACUGCUCCCUCACCUAGAUGCUUUCAAGCUCUCCCUCCAUGAGAGGAUCAGAAAUGCUGGACUAAGAAGUGACUGGAAGUCUGACAGCUACAAACAAAGGCUGCUGUCCCAAGAGGUCAAUGUGAUGCUGGGAGCCCUGGAAGGGCACGUCCUGAGGAAGAAGAGGUGUAUCUAUGAGUCUGUCUACAUCUCUGUUCAGAAUGAGCUCAAGUACUGUUAUGAAGAGGCAGCACAGGUAACAGGCAAGAAAGCAUGUGAGCGAAUGAAAGACAUCAUCAAGAGAGGUGUGGAGAGACAGGUGGCCGAAGGCAUGUUUGAAAGGGCUCAAAGCAGGAUGCAGGAGCAAUUCCAGGAACUGAAGAGCGGAAUUAUGGAGAAGAUGAAGAUGCGGGUCUCCACCAUGCUGGCCCUUGCCUCAUCCAAGACAGAAGGGCUCUACAUCGAACUUCCAGAUGUCAAGACCGAAUACAAAGAAAUGGAAAAGUUAUACAAGAGCCUAAGAGAGAUUGCGGAGAAUGCGGUGCUGAGGAAGGGGUUGCAGGAUUUUCUCAUCAGAAUGUCACCCAGCAAAGUUGGCCCCGCAAAAUCCUAACAUGCCCCGGAAAACCCCAGCAGGAAAGUCCCAGCAGAACCACCCCUGGGCUCCCUUACCUCUAGAAAGGCACCCAGUUGGGGCAUUUGGAUCAUGGAUGCAAUCAUUUGUUUGAAUUCCAAAAAAGACUCUUGAAGUGGCAUUCCGAUGGAGUGAGACCUGGAAGUUUGGAGCUGCU